GGCACAUGAUGUUGGACCAUACUUCGCACGCCGGGGAUCCUCUCGGAUCGCGCCUGCUGGGGGGCAAGACGUCCUGGGGCGGCCCGAUGCUAACUCACUUACGACAUCGCCUUCUGCAAGAGGUUCACGGCCCGAAGGACGUCGACGGCAUCCUGGUGGAGGAGCUGCUUCCCGUGAUGGGCGAGGACGUAAUGACCCACGACAGCGUCACCUGCAGCAGCACCUCCGGGGCGCUCCCCUUCCCAAGCCGCCGUCCUCCUGGCCACUGGGUAGGGAUGCCCAGGCAGAAGUCACCCCUGCGCCGGCCCUUAGCAGCGGUUCCGAAGGCUGAAACCACAGCUCUGACCACCCAGAUGCCUUCGGCCGGGACGGUAGCCGGUUCUAGACCUGACGAAGGAGCGACCGUAAGGAAGGUCACAAGUCCUCCAGGGAAAACCACGUCAUCUGUCCAGGGACGUCGCCGCCCCUCUAAAAAACCGUCGAAGGGUAAGGCGGAGGCUUCGAAGUCGGAGGAACCCAAAGAAGACGAGGUCAAGGUCAACGAAGAAGCAGGAAUACCCGUGUGCCCCGUGGCUUGCCGGCCGCACCUGCACCCUGACUGGGAAUACUGUUGAUAUUCCAGGUUGUUCCAAGAAAGGACGAAGGCCAGUGUGCGCUCCUUGCACGUGGUCUGGGGAAUUGCAUGAAGACCGUAUGUUUAUAUGAUCAAUUUAUCUAUGUUAGCCAUCUAAUGCGGAUUUCGAACUUAUAAAUUAUUUUUAUCACAUAUACGAAAUUUAAUGGAAGUAAAAGUCUA